AUGCACCAACCCCAAAGAACUCGAUCCUUGACUCCAGCGACUGAGGUUCAGCGUUUGACAGAUCCCAACGCUCUGGUCUACAAGGAAUCGGUCCUUCGACGAUACAGCUCCACGGAUAGGUUGAGCCUCAAGUCACACAACUCGGGAUCUCUAUUCUCUGACACGACACCAACUUCUUUCUACAAGUUUUGCUGCCAGCCCCAGGCCGAAUUGGCGCUCAACCCCCCGCCGGCCAAGAAAAAGCCGGCGAUGUUAUCGAAUCUGUUCCAUCCCACCAAAGGUUUUGGCCCUGAACCUCAACAGUCUCUUGAAGCCGCCGGCGAUUUUGACGAGACCCCCUCCCCGAGCCUUCGCCCAUCAAUGGCGGAUAUGUCUCUCAAGAAGCCAGAUAAUGAUGCCUACUCUACUUCCUCGGCCAAGAGCGGUGUGUUCCGCCAUGCACUCCUAAAGACGAAAUCUGGGCACCCAACGGUCAUCGACAGGGAAUUGCCUGUGUCUCCAGUUCUUAGUCGACAGAUUGACCCCGAUGAAUCGAUGGAAAAGAUACGAGAGGAACAGAGGCCUAAGGAGAGUGGCUACGAAAACAAAUCCACAGCAUCACUACCCUCCAGAAGCCGCUCAGCUGUAUCGACACAGGGUACUUCUUCUGAGCCACAGUUCCCAGGUUCAUCAGGGGAAUCCGAUGCAUCGGCUCCCAGAGAAAGGGUUUGCGUCGAUCCUCUCCUCCACCCUGACGAGUCGCACAUUAAAGCACAUCAUCGUGGCCUCCUGAAGGGCGCCGACUUCUGCGACACCGGAGUGCCUGGCCAGCCCGUUCCUCAGCAAGCAGAAGAAGAUGAUUCUGACUCUGAGUCGGACGACGAGGUGGUUCUUGCACGGGUAAGGCGAGCCAUGACUGGCGAUGACAAUUGCCUUUCUACUGUCGAGAUCACUCUUCCAAAGGAAGCCGCUGGCCACAGUCGCGCAAUGAAAGUCCGACCUGCAUUCAAUACGUCCACCUUCCAGUACCCAACCAUCCCGGACAACCAACUCUAUCCUGUUAGCCAUCAGACUUCAUUGGGCGUUUCCAAAGUGCGACCCUUCGACGCAUCAAAGGAGCACAAGGCACCUGAGGGCGACGUCGCCGGAUCGCCAUCAUCGCCCUAG